AUGAAUAGCAGAAGUUCUGUAGCUAGCAACUCACUAAGUAAUUUUUCUUUAAUCGAAAGCUCUCCUAAUACCAGUGCCAGAUUAAGAAGAUUAAAAAUACAAGAAGAUAUUUUGACUGCAGCUGCUAAUAAAAUCUUACUUAAUUGUGAAUCCGAAGAAAGAGAAAAUGCAGACUUAAAAAAUUACGUCAGUAAAGUGAAAAGGUCAUAUUCAGAAAUUAAGACUUUAUUUCAGGAUAUUAAAACAUUAACCGGAGAUCAGGACAAUUUGAAAAAUACUGAUAUAGACGAUAUUAAAAAGGAUAUUUUGGAGCUAGAGGCAAAAGUUACAAAUUUUAAAAACUUCCUGCGAAGAGAAUUAACUGUAUUAAGGGUUGCUGAGAAAGAACUAAUUCAACAGAUAAACGACAACCCUCAAGAAAUAAAGAGCGGUUUAGUAAAAGCCCAGACAAAGCCUUACAGCGAGUUAGUCCCAAGCCCAGUUCGAGUUCUAAUUCAUUCGCCAUUGAAAUCUGUUGAGGUGCAAAGAUUUCAAGAAUUCUUGAAAACCACCAAACGAUUCGGCGGCUGGAAUGAAUACAACCACAAUAGUUUUGUUAGUGUUUGGAAUAAAUAUUAUAAACAAGACAAUAAUCUUCAUACACCAUAUAAGGACGAUGCCACAUACCUGAGGUUCAGCAACGAAGUAUGCCAAAAAAUAUUUGGUAUAAAACCAGACGAGAUAUGGUCCCAUACUCAAUGGUACUUGGAGUACGUUCAUUUGAAGUCGUGCCAAGAAGAAGCUCUGAGUAAAUGGAAAGACAAUAAAAGAAAAAUUAAAUAUUCGAAACAAAAGAAAGUUGAAAAUACGGAGGAAAAAUCGAAAACACGAGAGCAAAGGGUACAAGUGAAAUUUAGGUAA